AUGGCCCUUUCGUUCCAGCCGCAGUGCCUCCACUCCCAUCACGCAUUCCUCUCGCACCACAUCAUCAAGAUGAAAGCUUUCCUCCCCAGCAGCAGCAACAACCACCUUCUUCCCGUCAUCGCAUCGAAAGGUUCGGUUCUCGCGCACAGGCGCUUCUCGAGCACAUCCGUCUUCUCGAGGAAGAAGAAGAAGAAUCGAUCUGGGUCGCGGAGAUUCGCGAGGCUCGUGCUCAAUUUGAUACCCAUCAUCGCCUCGAACCUCAAGGCGCCGCCCCGUCAGUUGCAGUUGAUAGCCGAAGAACUGGGCGGCGGAGAUGGGAGCGGAGGAGGACCAGGGUGGUUCUGGGGAGGCGGCUCUGGGUGGGGAUGGUUCGAUGGCUGGAGGCGAGGAGGAGGGAGGCGGAAGUUCGGGUUUUGGGCGAUCUUGGUGGCGUGCGGAUUGAGCUUGUUGCUUGUGGGCGAAACGGAGAGCCUUGCGGUUUGCAGGAUUCUGGGUUUGGGCUUGUUUGGGCUCGCCUUGAUUGGAGGGUGGAGCAAGAAGAAGGGCACGGCAGUGGUUAAAAAUGGGGUCUUGGGGAUUUGCUUUCUUGGGGCUGUGUCGUUUUUGGGGCUGAGGAAGGAGGAGAUAUGA